UCACCACAAACUAGCUUCAAAGACACAUUUCUAUGGCGGCGAUGCUACAAAACCUUCUAUUUUAACUGAUCUCCUUCUUCGAACUUCAACACACUCGCACCACAUAUAUAUUAUAUGGGCUGCUGUUGAUUUCGGGCCCUGAAUAAUUCAACCUCUACAGCAAUGGCCGAAGAGAAAGCAACUGAAUCACCAGCUGCAGCCACCAGAGAAGUAGAGAAGGCUCCGAUUGAGCCUCUGAAGAUGCCCACGGUGGAGGAGAUUCGAGGCCAGGACAUUUGGAACAACUGUGCCGUGCGUAGUGUCGCCAGUGGAGUUAUGGGCGGUGGACUUGGGUUGAUGAUGGGCAUGUUUCUUGCGGCUCUAGACAACCCAAUAAAUCAAGACCAAAUGACUGGUAAACAGCAAUUUAUCUACACAGCAAAGCAGAUGGGGUCAAGGAGUUGGAGUUCUGCAAAAGCGUUUGCAGUGAUGGGAUUUGUGUUUUCCGCUGCUGAAUGUGUUGUCGAAAAGGCACGGGCUAAGCAUGACAUGACAAAUACAGUUGUUGCCGGAUGUGUCACUGGAGGUACAUUGUCAGCCAGAGGUGGUCCAAAAGCCGCCUGUGGUGGUUGCGCUAUGUUUGCUGCAUUUUCGGUGGCAAUAGAGAAGUUUUUGGAUAGACAUGAUUGAUUGUAUUAGUAUGCUACCUCAAUUUUUGCAGGCACUGAAUACGACAAAACAGUAGAAGAGAUGUAGCUCCUGGCAUGCAGUAAUACAGAUAGUAUUUCUUAGGUUCAGCUUCAGCUCUUGUUAUGAUUAUUUAUCCCUUUUCACAAAGGGAUGCUUUUGCUCAACUAGAAGGCCAAUGAUUUUGUAUUAUGUAUUCUGUUGUAGACUAAGAGUUUUCAGUUCCAUAAUCUCAUCAGAGGAUGUAUCCUUCAAACUCAGAGAAAUGAAUUUUU